AUGGCCUCUGGUGGUGCCGAACUCAAAGCCGAACUCCGUGCGGGCAAGCCCAAGUUUGGUGUGUUUCUCAACGCCGCCAAUCACCUGCUCGCCGGGCAGUUCAGUCACUCCGGCUACGACUGGCUGCUGAUCGACGCACAGCACUCCCCCGCUGACUCGAUGACGCUCAGUCAGAUGAUUUCGGCGAUCCGCACCGGCCCUGCGAAGGCGAUGGUGCGCGUGACGAGCACCAAGGACCGUGCCGGCAUCCAGAACGCGCUCGACUCCGGCGCCCACGGCGUGCUGAUCCCGUACGUGAACACCGCGGAGGAGCUGCGUGAGGCGGUGUCGUGCUGCUUCUACCCCACCGCCGGGACGCGAUCUGUGUACCAGCCGCAGCAGUGCAUGAACGAGCACGGUCUCCUUGGCUACGCUGGCGAGGCGAAUAAGAAUGUGGUGGUGGCGUUUCAGGUGGAGACUGCCGACUGCAUCAAGAACAUUGAGGAGAUCAUGGCGGUGAAGGGUGUCGACAUUGCGUUCCUGGGGCAGAACGACCUGUGCAUGUCGAUGGGUCUCUACGAGAAGUACGUGUUCCCGCAGAUGUACACGUCGCCGGAGCUGGGCGGUGCGACGGACAAGCUUGUCGCGGCGGCGCGCAGGCACAAUGUUAUCCUUGGUCUGUUCUUGUUCGGCACGGACCGCGUUGGGGAGUUCCUGGAGAAGGGCUUCACCUUUAUCAGCAUCGGCAGCGAGCUGCACCACGCCAUGACGCAGGCGCAGACGCAUGUGAAGGCCCUCGAGGGGAUCGCCAAGGAGAAGGGCAAGCCGUGGAAGCACCAGCCGAGCGCCCUCGUCUGA